AUGUCGUCUUCCUCUUUGUCGUCCUUCUUCUUCUUUUUCCGAGGAGGAGGAGGAGGAGGAGGACCGAACAACAAAAACAUCUUCAAAAACUCGACGACGGGAGGAAGGUCUUCUUUUAAUAACAGCAGGAGCUUUGGGAAGACGAUUUCGACGACGCGAGUAGGACGAGGACGCCUGCAUUUUUCAUCUUCUUCUUCCGGGUCUUCGAGUGGUGGUUUUGGUGGUGAUGCAAAAAUACCAACCUUUCUCGCCGGGGCGACGUUAGGCGCCUUCAUAGGUGGCUUCGCCUCCUUGUUCGUCUCCGAGUUGCACCAGGUGGACGACUAUUUAGAGCACGCGAACGAUUCCGAUUUCGACGGCACGUCCGCGUCCUCGAUGAUAUUAGGAGAGAAACGAGACGAGGCGAGCAGCGGGUCGUCGUUGAAGCGACACCCGUGCGCGAGGUACGGGUUUCCUCGAGACGUGACGGAAAGUAUCGGCGCGAGGUUGUUUGGGAACGCGUUCGUCGCGCAGUAUGACGGGAGGACGAGGAAUCCCAGAUGGACGUUAGAGGUCAUGGAUAGGGAGAGUUUGAUGUAUCCGGACGAGAUAGGUGAUUUCGGCAGUAGCGCGGCUUCGAGGAAGAAAUCUCCGUCGUUUUCAGAAGAUGAAGGCGUGCCGAAGACGUUUCGGGCGAAACUGAACGAUUUUCGAAACUCUGGGUUCGAUCGCGGGCAUUUAGCCGCGGCGGGGAACUUUGUGAGGAAACAGGAGGAGAAGGACGCGACGUUUACUUUAGCCAAUGUCAGUCCGCAAGUCGGAAACGGGUUUAAUCGAGACUACUGGGCCAGGUUUGAAAGUUUUAUUCGUAAUUGGACGAGAGAGGAGAAACAUAGGAAAGCGAAGGUGUUCGUAGUGACUGGGCCGUUAUUUUUACCGACGCCGGUGGUAGAACAACAAAAACAAGAACAACAACACGGGGUAGAAGAAGUCGUAAACAGUAGGAGCACUGCGUCUGCUUUGGAACCGCAGACGAUGCAACAAUCGAAAAUGGCCAUCGCGUUGGACGACGCCUCGCUUCAACAACAGCAGAACCACCAGGAAAAGAAUACCGCAACAAACGAUACGAAAGAGAACCACGAGCAUUCGGUAACGAAUGCAAUCGUUGCCUCUCAGCAGCCUUCUUCGAAUACUAUCCAGCAGAAACAGCAGCAGCAGCAAAAUAAAGUUCGUCCGAUUGAUCCUGACGAAGAGAAGCGCAAAAAAGCUGUCAAAUGGGAGAUGCGAUAUCCUUUAAUUGGCGAAGCACCGGAACUCGUCGCCGUCCCGACGCACUUUUUCAAAGUUAUCCUCGUCGAUGAACACGCGAACGAUCCAGAAAAAGACGUCACUCUUCUUGGAGAUGUUGUUGAUUACAACGCGCCUCCCAAAUCCGCAAAAGUUGCCGCGUUUGUGUUACCAAACGCGUACAUCGAUCCUAACACGCCGUUAUCGAACUUUGCGGUUCCAUUGGAAAGUUUAGAAGCAGUGUCUGGUUUAACAUUCUUCCCCAAAGCAACCAACGAUUUACAAACGAGAGAUGAUAUUGACCGUUCGGAAAGACAGUUUUUACAAGGACGACUAGGAGACGCGUUGAAGCAAAACAGCAACAACAACAACAAGAAUACUACAAAACGCUUAGGAGGACUAUCGGACGAAGAACACAUCAAGAUUUUGCUCACGGAUUCAACAUCGAGUAAAGAGAGACGUGAGUCAGGGUUUAGGGAAUCUAGAGAAAGAGCAGGACCUCUCGGGAAGAAACAACCAGAGAAAGCGACACACCUGUGCGACGAGGGCAUCGGAUGCGUUUUGCCGCCUCCCUGGUCACCCUCCGCUGAAGUAAAGAAAUGA